AUGCCAAUGUCUUCCCAAGAAACCAAAAUGGCACUGCUUGGAAACCUAACGACAGGCAUCCGCCAGGUCCGGCAGGCGCAGCGCGCGGACGGCCCAGCGUGCGUUCUGGCCAUCGGGACGGCGAACCCGGCGAACUGCGUGCAGCAGGAGGAGUACGCCGACUACUACUUCCGCGUCACCAACAGCGAGCACCUCACCGAGCUCAAAGCCAAGCUCAACCGGAUAUGUACCAAAUCGGCCAUCAAGAAGCGCUACUUCCACCACACGGAGGAACUGCUGCAGGGUCACCCUGAGUUCCUCGACCGCACGUUGCCAUCCCUGAAAGCCCGGCUGGACAUCACGGCCACCGCCGUUCCCGAGCUCGCGGCAGCCGCGGCGGCUGCAGCUAUCGCCGAGUGGGGCCGCCCGGCCGCCGACAUCACACACCUCGUGGUCGGCACCUACGCCAGCGCCCACAUGCCGGGCGCCGACCACCGUUUGGCCUCCCUCCUCGGCCUCGACCCGUCAGUCCGCACCACCAUGCUCUACGUCAACGGCUGCGCCAGCGCGUGCGCCGCGCUCCGGGUCGCCAAGGACAUCGCCGAGAACAACCGCCGCGCGCGCGUCCUCGUCGCCUGCGCCGAGCUCACUCUCAUCAUGUUCCGCGCUCCCCAGGAAGGGCACCUUGACACGAUCAUCUCGCAGGCGCUGCUCAGCGACGGCGCGGGAGCCAUGAUCAUCGGCGCCGACCUCGAGGGCUCGGAGGGCUCGCUUUUCGAGAUGGUGGCCGCGUCACAGACCGUGGUACCGGCGACGGCACACGCCGCAGUUGGACAGUUUGGCGAAGAGGGGUUCCUGUUCCACCCUUGCAUCGAGAUGCCAGCGAUAGUUCGCCAGAACGUCGAGCGGUGCCUGGUUGACGCGCUCGGGCCGCUUGGCUUGAGCGGUCGCUGGAACGACCUCUUUUGGGCGGUGCAUCCCGGAGGGCGAGCAAUCUUAGACGGCGUGGAGGAGGUACUCCAGUUGGAGCCCAAGAAGCUGGCGGCAAGCAGACAUGUGCUGAGCGAGUACGGCAACAUGUCCGGGGUGUCCGUCAUCUUUGUGCUGGACGAGAUCCGGCGCCGCCAUGACGAGCACCGCGGUCUGGGGGUAAUGCUGGGAAUUGGACCGGGGCUCUGCCUGGAGACGAUGGUGUUGCACGCAUGCAUGUAA